AUGGAACCCCAACAUUUCCUGUUAACCACGCACACCAUGUCCGCGGGUAAUGUGCCCUUGGUGGGCAUGGCCAAAGUGCCGCCGGCCAUCCAGUUCGAUGCCAAGAAGGACUUUCACACGCGGACGCAUCAGCAGGAGUUGGAUGAAGCUUUUCUGGGCAACGAGCGGCGUCCGUGGAUUCGCCAAAAGGCUCGCAAGGACACGCGUCGCGAGCGGGAGAUCCUCAAUGGGCUGCUCUCGUCCACCACCGUGGAAAUGGACUACGCCAGCAGUUGUGUGGACAAGCUGAUUGCCGAGGACAUUAGCUACCGCGAUUUGGCCUCGCUCACCGACGAGGAUUUGGAAUUGUUCGGCUUCAAGUCGGCGAAUCAACGCAAACAGCUACUGGAGAUGUUCGACAAGAUGCCCAAUCAGGAUCCUAGCUACGAGUACCUUCGCAGCCAUCCGGAGGCCAAGGCCUACAACAAUCAGAUAAUCGGCAACGCGGGCAGCCACUUUAUGUCCUUGCGCGCCUCCUUGGCGGUCACCAACUACAAGCUGCAGAUCUCCACGCCCGAGGAUGUCGUCGUGGGCGACAAACGCUAUGCCAGCUGCUUCGCCUUGGAAACGCUUAAGAGCGUCAAGCAGAUCACCGAGGAAAUAGCCCAGGAUCUCAGGAAAAUCGAAGCGAAUGCCCAGAAUGCAAGGAACCAGAAGGAAAUUCAGGCUAAGGAGACCAACAAGAAGAAAAAGUUCAGCCUGGCCACCGUUUUUUACUUCACCACCUUGGCCGUUGGAUUCUCGUGCGCCUGGUUCUGGUGGUGGACCAAAUUCCACAGUGCUCCCCGACUGGAGCGGAUCUCUGUUCAGACUUAAGGCACAACGAAGCAUUUAAUAUCUGCCAUUUCCAUUUUUUUAUAGCAUCUAAGUUUAUAGAAUUUACAUAGUAUUUUUUGUUAAGCUUUCGCAUAAUCUCAAGUUGUCAUGAAGUUUUACUGCCCCAACAUGAAUAGACACUAAAAGUUGUAUUAACAA